UAGGUGGCGUAAGAGCAUCCUCGUGAAGAGAAGCGCUCAGCAAUAUGACAGAGGAAGUCACAGUACACACAGCACAGACAUCAUGGCGUUCAAUUUUGGCGCUGCCUCGAGCAAUCCAGCUACAAGUACGACUGGGUUUUCUUUUGGCUCGUUUGGUGCCAAGACCACAGCAGCUUCCACAACAUUUGGGUUUGGUGCAGCCACGGACACCACAGCUCCGUCUGGGUUCGGCAGCACUUUUGGUGGAUUUGGAACCACAACAACCUCUGCUGCUGCUCCUGGGUCAACUUUUAGUUUUUCUGCUCCUUCAGCUGCCACAGGGAGUCUUUUUGGUAGCACACAAAACAAAGGCUUUGGGUUCUCCUCUGGCCUCGGUACAGGGACUACCACUGGAACAUCAGCUUUUGGAACUGGAUUGGGAGCAACCAGCCUUGGCGGGUUUGGAAGUUUUAGCAUUCAGCCAACACAGCAACAGCAAGGUGGCUUGUUUGGUCAGCAGGCGCCACAGCCGGGCCAGACCCAGCACACGCAGCUUUACCAGCAAGUCAUGGCCCUGUCAGCUCCAACACUACUUGGAGAUGAGCGUGACACCAUCUUGGCCAAAUGGAACCAGCUGCAGGCAUACUGGGGCACAGGAAAGGGCUAUUAUGCUAACAACAAUCCUCCUGUUGACUUUACCCAAGAAAACCCUUUUUGUCGCUUCAAGGCAGUUGGCUAUAGCUGCAUCCCUGUAACAAAAGAUGAAGAUGGAUUAGUAGCAUUAGUUCUGAAUAAAAAAGAACAAGAUGUACGAGCCCAACAGCAGCAGUUUGUCGAGUCCCUCCAGAAAGUUUUGGGAAGCAACCAAAUGUUGUCUGUCAAUGUAGAAGGUGUGAAGUCCCUGCCAGAUGAUCAGACAGAGGUGAUAAUUUAUGUUGUGGAGCGAUCACCAAAUGGCACAUCAAAGCGCAUUCCUGCCUCCACCCUCUUCAGUUACCUGGAACAGGCCAAUAUAAAGAUUCAGCUAACACAACUUGCUGUAUUGAUGUCUGUUGCGCGCACAGAGUUGUCUCCAGCGCAGCUUAAGCAGCUGCUGCAAAAUGCUCCAGCUGGUGUUGAUCCUAUAAUUUGGGAACAGGCAAAGGUGGACAAUCCUGAUCCAGAAAGAUUAAUUCCUGUACCUAUGGUGAGUUUUAAAGAGCUAUUGCGGAGAUUACAAAUCCAGGAACAGAUGACCAAACAACACCAGACCAGAGUGGAUAUAAUCUCUAAUGACAUAAGUGAACUACAGAAGAACCAGGCAACGACAGUGGCUAAAAUUGCUCAGUAUAAGAGAAACCUGAUGGACCUCUCCCACAGAGUUUUGCAGGUUCUAAUAAAACAGGAAAUUCAAAGAAAAAGCGGAUAUGCCAUUCAAGUUGAUGAAGAGCACCUCAGAGUCCAGCUGGACACUAUUCAAUCUGAGCUCAAUGCUCCCACUCAGUUCAAGGGUCGUUUGAAUGAACUGAUGUCCCAAAUCCGAAUGCAAAACCACUUUGGUGCUGUGAGAUCUGAGGAGCGCUACAGCGUUGAUGCAGACCUCCUCAGAGAAAUCAAGCAACACCUAAAACAGCAACAAGAUGGACUGAGCCAUUUAAUUAGUGUGAUCAAAGAUGAUUUGGAGGACAUCAAACUAAUAGAACAUGGACUGAGUGAUAGUGGACAUUUAAGAGGAGGCAUGUUAAACUGAACCUCUCAACAUACGCUCAAAAGGAGCAUAUGUUGAAGAUUUUCUUCCAAAGCAAUUAGUUAGUUAAACAAAAAUGUCCUUUUUUUUUUUAAGAAAGGUAUGAUGGUUCAGUUUCAGUAUUUCAUGUUAUUCCCUUGAUCAGCAUGGCAUAAAAGAACAUGAAGAUCUAAAUUGUAAUAUAUUAAAACAUCAAAUAAUGGUUAUGAGGCUGUGGUUGGCAUAUUGCAUAUAAUAAUGUUUUGGAUUUUUAAAAAUAUACCUUUGUGUUUUUUAUGAUGUUAAAAUUUAAUAAAUGUAUGUAAAUAUGA